AUGGCCGCCGUUAUCACACUCCAGUCGUCCUCUGCGGCUGGUCCGGCGGUCCCGUCUUUCCAGCAACAGCAGCAGCAGCAGCCCCAAUCCCAGCCUCAUUCUCCGGAUUCGCAACCAUCGCAUCGUCGUCGCCUAUCUCGUGCCCAACAGCAACAGGACGGCCCUCCGUCUACGCCGCUAUCCCCGGUCUCCUCUUCGACCCUAACUGCCUCCGCUGCUCGUGCUCCGGGCCGGGAUGGACCCAGUUGUGACGCUUGUCUCCGCCGAAAGAGCCGCUGUGCUAUGAACGAGAUGGUCAACAAAUGCUAUUCCUGUGAUUUUCACCGGCAAGAGUGCACCUUUAACCUUUCCUCUGGCGCCGCUCGUCCCAACACUGCGGAACCCCUGUCCAAGAAACGGAAACUUGAGGACUCGGUCCCGGAGGAUGCUGAGUCUGUCAAGAGAUCAUCGACUGUUGCUGCCACCAAACAGGGCCAGGGUCACUAUCUAGUCCCCGGUUUCUUUGACCAAUCCAUCCAAUAUAUUGGCUUGACCACCGAGUUUGAACCCGCCUUGUUGGACCACGUUCCUUUGGACCAGAACAACGAAGGCAUUGUAUCCAACUUUCGUCUGCGGAAGCUGGGUGACGAUACUUACAUCCGUGUCCGGAACACGAUGCCUGACUCGGUUUCGGUCGAUGCUAUUGAGAGCCUGGUAGCUCCUUAUGGUGCUACCUUGAUUGAGAAGUUCUUCGAAUAUGUUCACCCUACGUUUCCUAUCCUCAUGGAGGAUACCUUCCGCCAGACCUAUCGCACCCGAAAGAACCUGUCGCCACUCUUGCUGGCUGCUGUUUAUGUCUUGACACUCAAGUUCGUGGACAUGCCAGCCUCUCAAUCCGUUCGACGACCCGACGUAGCACGUCUGGAAAGUACCGCUCUUAAACUAUUGACGGAAUCGCUCCCCCGGGCCACGGUUGCCACCAUUCAGGCCGGUCUUCUUCUCAUGGAGAAAUCGACCGUCGCGACCAGAGCAUUGAACGCACAGUUGGUGACGGCUGGGUUUGAAUUGGGUCUGCACCAAGACUGCACCCAUUGGAGGAUGGACACCUGGGAAAAGGGCCUUCGGAAACGUCUGGCCUGGGCGUUGUACAUGCAGGACAAGUGGUCUUCCCUUGUCCACGGACGUCCAUCGCACAUUUUUGCUUGGAACUGGACGGUCAAAGACCUGGUGGAACAGGACUUUGUCGACGCGUUCCACGCGGAUUCGAACCAGGACGAUACUUCUGUUGGGCACGGACCGCUGUAUUUCUGUCAUAUGGUGGCUUUGACCACCAUCCUCUCUGACAUCCUGGAUCGAUUUUACACCCUGCAGGCCAUCGAGGAUUUCAAGGCCUCCGGCGGAAACCGAACUCGCAUGAUCCUUGAAAGAGCCAAGCCCGCGCAGAUUCGCCUGAAAGAGUGGUUUGCACGUCUGCCCCCGCAGCUCAAGAUGGAUACAAGCGGUGACUUAUUCGAUACCAUUACGGAAGAAAACGCCCGUAACGGAGCUUUGCACCUGUCCUACUUUGCGACUGAAAUUACGCUGCACCGAUGCAUCAUUCGAUCCCUGUCUCCUGAAACCGCCGACGCCUACCUGUCCCACAUUUGCCGCUCCGCAGCCAAAACGCGUCUCAUCUCCGCCAUGGACUUCGUCAACCGACUGCGCCCUGCCCAUCUCCGGUCCUUCUGGCCCUCCGCCUCGCGUCACAACUUCACUCUCAUCGGCUCAUUUGGCAUCCUCCUGCGCGUGACUGCCCCUACAAAAGAGGAAUCCGAGUUCUACCGCCUCCGACUCUGCGAGUACCGCUGGACGUUGAGCGUCAGCAGGAAGAACGCAGAGUUCCUCGACUUCUCCCUCGACAGUCUAGACAACGCCACCAACCUCGACCGCCACGUACCCGACAAACCCGCCAUCGACGAGUUGAUGCACAGUGCUGUCAAGCCAACCAUCACCUCUCGUCCGGUCCCCGUCAUCGCCCUCGAUGACCCCGACCCGAUGCUCGAAGCCGGAGGCACCUCGUCCGUGAUCUCCGGGCUAGCUUCGCCGGCGACAUCGGUCAGUGAUGAGAGUUUACGAGAUACCCCAAUUCCGCCAUUAUAA